AAAUUCAGAGACCUGACCAUAGAAGAGCUAAAGAAUGUCAGCAAGACCUACCCAAACUUCACAUUCUCCAUGAACACAUACACCUUCAAGGAUGGAUCCCAGAAGGACCUUCUCAAUUUUAGUGGUACUGUUCCAGUGAAAUAUGGUAAUUGCUAUAACAUCCCUAUUCAUCUGUGGAUUCUGGAUUCUCAUCCUUUUGCUCCCCCCAUUUGCUUUUUGAAGCCUACUGCGAACAUGGGCAUUUCAGUGGGAAAACAUGUUGAUGCACAUGGCAGGAUUUAUUUGCCCUACCUGCAGAACUGGAGCCAUCCUAAAUCGACUGUCAUUGGAUUAAUCAAGGAAAUGAUUGCAAAAUUUGAGGAAGAACCCCCAUUGUAUUCACUGUCAUCUUCUGAUGCAGCCAGGCAGGCAGAACUUCUCUCCUACAUUGCAAAGAUUACUGAAGGAGAGAGCGACAAGAAAUCAAGGGGUAAAACUGAAGGCGAAAAUGAAGAAUGCUUUAACAAAAUUACAGUUGUUGGAGCUGGAGAUCUUGGCAUUGCAUGUGUGCUGGCAGUUGCAGCAAAGGGUGUUGCAAGCAAAGUGGUUCUUCUGGACCUCUCUGAAGGUGCAGCAAAAGGAGGGACUAUGGACUUGGAGAUCUUUGCACUGCCAAAUGUGGAGAUCAGCAGAGACUUCUCUGCUUCAGCUGAUUCAAAAGUUGUGGUACUUACAGCGAAUUUUCUGGGUAAUGCUCAGACCUACCUUGAUGUCAUACAAAGCAAUGUGGAUUUGUUCAGAGGAAUUAUUCCAGCAAUAUCACACUACAGUCAGAAUGCUGUUCUCCUUGUUGCUUCUCAUCCAGUUGAAGUAAUGACAUAUGUGUCAUGGAAGCUGAGUGCAUUUCCCAAAAGCAGAGUAAUUGGAGUAGGUGCCAAUCUCGAUACAGAGAGAUUCCAGUACAUCCUGACACAUCUUUUGAAAGCAGAGGUGCUGGCCAAAGAUGCCUGCAUUAUUGGUGAGCAAGGGGAAGACAAAGUGCCAUCAUGGACCAGUUGUAAUGUAGUUGCAAAUCAAACAGAGGCAAUAGCUGCUCGAAACUCAAGGGAAAAGGUAGCUAACAGAGCUAUGGAAGUUCUAAAGGGAAAAGGUCAGAGAUCUUGGUCUGUUGGGCUCUCGGUUGCUGAUUUGACUGACAGCAUACUGAAAGAUAAAAGAAAGGUUCAUUCUAUAUCCACUUUGGCAAAGGGAUGUUGCAGUAUAAACAGUGAAGUAUUCUUAAGCCUCCCGUGUGUUCUUGGAACCAAUGGAGUGAUGGAAGUUGUCAAACUAGAAGAAGACCCACUGGUGCAAGAGAAACUGCAAAGCAGUGCAGGGUCAAUUCAUGACCUCCAGCAGCAGCUGAGACUGUAAGCAGCAACCACAAGGGAAGCCUCUGUGUCUGCUCCCCAGCGUUGGAGAUUUGCAAGGCUGAAGAGGUUGCUUCAUGUAUGUGGAUUUCUGUAUAAAGCAGGAAGCUUUGUUACUUUACUUUCCCAAAGUGUUUUCU